CUGCUCCGUCCUCCGGAACUACUUGGCGCCGUGGCGUGCGUGCCUCGAUCCCUAUCGGUCAUAUCCCAAGGAGGGGAGGGACAUGUUUGGUGCGUUGCAUGCUGGGAGUUGUAGUUCCAUGAGUCAUUGUGGGCUCUAAAAGGGGUCUGGGGCUGCGACUUGGCAGCUUCCGGGCUUUCACGUUCCCGGCGUGCCUCGCGGGUCAUGCGGCAAAUCCCGGAAGCUUCAAGUGCCAGCGCGUCUCGUCUCGCUUGUGACCUGAGUGUCAGGAUGGCGGCUCCCACGCCUGUUCUCUGCCUCUUCGAUGUCGACGGAACCCUCACCGCUCCGCGACAGAAAAUCACCAAAGAAAUGGAUGACUUUUUACAAAAAUUACGACAGAAGAUAAAAAUUGGAGUAGUAGGAGGCUCAGACUUUGAGAAGGUGCAGGAGCAGCUGGGAGAGAAUGUGCUUGAAAAAUAUGAUUACGUCUUUCCAGAAAAUGGUUUGGUAGCAUACAAAGAUGGCAAAUUUCUGUGUAAGCAGAAUAUUCAGAGUCAUCUGGGUGAAGACCUAAUCCAAGAUUUAAUCAACUAUUGUCUGAGUUACAUUGCCAAGAUUAAACUGCCAAAGAAGAGAGGCACUUUCAUUGAAUUCCGAAAUGGGAUGUUAAAUGUGUCCCCUAUUGGAAGAAGCUGCAGCCAGGAAGAACGACUUGAAUUUUAUGAACUAGAUAAAAAAGAAAACAUAAGGCAGAAAUUUGUAACUGAUCUGCAGAAAACAUUUGAAGGAAAGGGUCUUACAUUUUCUAUAGGAGGACAGAUAAGCUUGGAUGUAUUUCCUAAUGGAUGGGAUAAGAGGUACUGUCUGAAACUUGUUGAAAAUGAUGGCUAUAAGACAAUUUAUUUCUUUGGGGACAAAACCAUGCCAGGUGGAAAUGACUAUGAAAUCUACACAGAUUCCCGAACAGUAGGCCAUUCAGUGACCAGCCCAGAGGACACCCAAAAAAUCUGUGAGGGGCUUUUCUUCUAGCCUUUUAUUUCUCGACCUUAAGACAGAAAGAAAAAAGUCACCUCGAAACCAGAAAAGGGAACAAGCUUCAGAAGACUGAUCCAUCACUAUUUCAAACUCAAGAAAUCUUCCCCUGCCCACCUCUAAUCUGACAUUUACUGGGGCCUUGCAGCAUGCAUUGAAUUACUGUGAACAGUGGUCACAUCCUAUCGGAUAAAUCUUCUGAAAAGGAGAAACAUAUCUUCACUCCUAAAUUAAAGGUAGAUUUUAGUUCUUUUCUUUGUAUCUGGAGAAACCAAGGAAACAGUUCUGAUAUGUGGGUCCUAAGGUAACAGUUGACUGAAAGAAACAUCCAUGGCAAGAUAUUCCCAUUUUCCAGGGCAAAACUAAGGUGGAUUAUGGUGUAUGCUCGUCUCUUUGGAGAAGUCUUAUAACGGAAAAGAAAAGGUGACAAUUUAGCUCCAAAAUACAAAUUGACCUAACAGGGAUCCUGUGACAGAAGAGCUUCCCAAAUUUAAAGGUGUGCACAUAACAUAAACCAACACAGCAGCAUAGGGCAGGAGAUUGUGAAUGUUUCUUAUGUGACAAAUUGUGUGGUUCAAAACUUAAAUCCACCACUCACUAAAUGGAAACUGCCCCUAAUGACUUUGGGAUUUAAAGAAGGCACCUUGUUUUACCAAAACUCCAUUGUGAGACUGAUAUACCUGAGAUCAGGACUUUAUUCCGGUUGAAUGACCAUGUCCUCUUGUUAACCCCUAUUCCUUUUUGUGAAGCUGAUUUCGUAUGACUGGCCAGAUGACAGCCCAAUAGAAAACCUCAGCCCAUCAUUGCUGGAAACUCUGGAAUUGACUUCUUUUUGAACAGUGCAGCUAGUUUGCCUGUCGUAUAACAAUCACAUCUGUCAACUCACUGCCUUUGAUGGAAGAGAAUGGAAAACAUCUAGCCAGCAAAUGGUUGCUGACACCAGAGAGGCUUCUUCCAGGAGCCUGCUCUAAUGGGAGCCUCAGUUUCCAAAAUCCAAACCGGUCUCUUGAACAUUCUGGAACAAAACGGUUCUAGAACUCUCCUCAGCCUUCAAGAACCAUGUUGUAAGAAAUGCUCUAAGCUAGCUAUCUACCUCCUAGGUAAAGUAAAAAAACAAACCCAACCAGUUAGCAAUGUGAGGUUUCUCAUCCUCUCUACCAUUAUUUGUUAGUUGGAAAAUGCCAUCUGCUAUUGAUAAACCCUCUUGCUUUAUAAUGAAUGAGAACACUUGUGCUUUCACAUCUGUGAAUUAACUGCUUCAGGACUUCCUUAUUUCAAUCUUUGAUGGAAAAUGGGAAAAAUCAGAAACCCCUUUGUCUGUAUUGUAACAUACUCCUGGAGAACAAGUUUCCCAAGAAAGAUACACCGUUUUUCCAAUGAGACUGUUAAAAUGUUUUUGUUUUUUAAUCUAAAAGAAAACUCAGGCAACUCCCUCUCUUUGCUGCUACUGAUAGAGUUGAACAAUAGGUGACUGUAACAGCAGCAGUAGCACCUAGCUAGGUCUUUACUGCCAGGACUUUGUACCAAUUACACUUCUUCCUAUUGACUCCUAUUGCUAGCUUCCUCUCCAGUGCCAGCAAUGAUUGAUACUGAUACUGAUGUGGCCCACAGCAUGCAAGCAAGUACAAGGGAAGGGAACACUGAGCCCUGCUAAGCCCCUUUUCCCUAGGUAGACUGGGGCUGCUACUUGCUACCCUACUUACUCCUAGGCAUUGGUCUGGGGAAAAAAUUGGGGGUGGGACUCACCAAUGUUCUCUGCUCCCACCUAUUCACUCAAACUGUUGCACAUGGCAUUUCUGAUUAGUAACAUUCAAAAAACAUGACCAACUAAAGGCUUGUUUUCUUUAACAUUGCAAAGGAAAUGAUGUAUAAAAAAAUUUCUUUUCAAAAUCAAAAAUAAAAUUUUACGGUUUUUAGCAAAAGCACCAUUUUUGGCAUUAUUCCUCUUAGUUAACAUGAGUUCAGGAGUUAAGGUUUGCAAGUGUGCCAUGCAAUUAAAAAGUGAGUCAUUUGAUUGCUUGUGCUCUACAGACGAGACAGAAUAAAUGCACUCCCCAUCCCCCUUUGGCGUUUGGUUGAACUGAAAGAAGAAUGUAACCCUUAGAGAAGUUUUAAAGGCAGUCAUUUUCUCCACUUCCCUCCAUUUUUAUUACUUUAUAAAUAGUAGUUAAACUUCACUUCUAUUUUAGUACUUGACUGACCAACGGCUUUCUAGGACCCACAUCUAUUUCUACUAUGGCCUUUGACUCCUGCCUAUAUGUCAGAAUUUAUCACUUUCAUUCCCAUACUGUUAAACACCAAUCAAAGUAAAAUUUCCCUUGUAUUUUGCUUUUUUCACAAAUCAAAGGUUACUAGGCAACACUUCUUGUGACAUAAGUCUAGGCUGAAUUCUAGGAUAACUCCUUAUAUUCACAGAAUCAUUGAAUAUUAGAGCUGGGAAAGACCUUGCCAAGAUUAAUAAUUAAGUCUCCUCAGUGCAGUGAUCUGUGGUAAACCAUUUCUAACUUGUCAGGGGAGGUUUUUUUUUUUUUUUUGAUAGGGGGGGGAGUUCAAAGCAUAAUGAAAAUAAGCUUUAAUUUAUCCCAAAUCAUCCAAGUAAACACCUUUCCACUUUAAACCACUUGCUUCCUAAGAUAAACAUUUUAAUAUAAAAAAACUGAAAUAAUUAUUUCUAGCUUCUCAAACCCAAACAAAAACUGUGAAUUACGCCCAGCCCUUUAUGAAAGGCCCUAUCAGAUAAUUCAACCUCUUUUACAUAUGACAUUGCUCUUUGCAUGACAUCUUUUUUGUUUUUCUUUUCUUUUUUUUGGUGAGGCAAUUGGGGUUAAGUGACUUGCCCAGGAUCACACAGCUAGUUCAGUGUCAAGUGUCUGAGGUCGGAUUUGAACUCAGGUCCUCCUGAAUCCAGAGCCAGUGCUUUAUCCACUGCGCCACCUAGCUGCCCUAUGUGACAUCUUUUUAAAUGAGGCAUACAUACUUCCCUUGAAAAGGAAGCAAGCACAUGAAAAACAUUAUAAUAGAAACAAUUAUAAUUUAAUAUUAUAUAAUUAUAAAUUAUAAUAGAAAAACCUAUAAUGGAAGACAACAGUCCCCUAAGAAAAAUUAUACCAGGUGAAGCAAACCACAUAAAGGAUACCACCUGACCCAUGGACAUUUUCUCCAAAUUUUGUAGUAUGCCCCUCUUUGAAGAACUGAGGAGAGUAUUUGUAAAUCUUAAAGCUGCCUUUCUCUCUGUAGAAAAAGAAUAUAGUGUAGUAGGAACAACACUGCCUUUGGAGACAUAGGGCCUUGAAUUCAAAUUCCAGGACCACACUUAAUACCCCUGUGACUGGUCAAGUCACUUAUUUGGGGGGGGGGGUUACUUUUAAAUUUAUUUUAGACUUAUAUGCAAAAUGAGAAGAGAAAAAAAAGUUGCCAUGUACUCAGCAGAACAUAGGAGAGAAUUCAAUAUAAAACAAUAAAUCUCCAUUUCAAGAAAACCUAUGUAAUAAAUACAUUGUUUUCAAAUCUGCCCA